UUCCUUCACUCAUGGCUCGCUUCGAAGACGAGCCGUCUGGCCGCCACGGAGCGGCAGGGCAGCCCCGGGCGGGGGCCGGCCGACCGCAGGGGCUACCGGGGGCCCCGCGGGUCUACAAGCAGACCAUGGCCCAGAGAGCCAGGACCAUGGCUAUCUACAACCCGAUCCCAGUGAAACAGAACUGCCUGACCGUGAACCGCUCCCUGUUCAUCUUCAGCGAGGACAACAUCAUCCGGAAAUACGCCAAGAAGAUCACCGAGUGGCCUCCAUUUGAGUACCUGAUCCUGGCCACCAUCAUAGCAAACUGCAUCGUUCUGGCCCUGGAGCAACACCUGCCCGCUUCAGAUAAAACCCCACUGUCGCAGCGUUUGGAUGACACAGAGCCGUACUUUAUUGGAAUCUUUUGUUUCGAAGCUGGAAUCAAGAUCAUCGCUCUGGGCUUUGCUUUUCACAAAGGCUCCUACCUCCGGAACGGCUGGAAUGUAAUGGACUUUGUGGUGGUCCUAACAGGGAUUUUGGCCACAGUGGGGGCUGACUUUGAUCUGAGAACGCUGAGAGCCGUAAGAGUACUGCGGCCCCUCAAACUUGUGUCUGGUAUUCCAAGUCUUCAGGUGGUGUUAAAGUCCAUCAUGAAAGCCAUGGUUCCUCUGCUACAGAUUGGCUUACUGCUCUUCUUUGCUAUCCUCAUGUUUGCUAUCAUCGGUCUCGACUUCUACAUGGGCAGAUUCCACCUCACAUGCUUCAGGAUUGAUACGAAAGAGCAGUCAGCAGAUUUCCCCUGUGGCCAUGAGGCUCCAGCAAGGAUCUGUAGCAAUGGGACCAUCUGCAGGGACUACUGGCUCGGACCUAAUUUUGGAAUCACCAAUUUUGACAACAUCCUUUUUGCCAUUCUCACCGUUUUUCAGUGCAUCACGAUGGAGGGAUGGGUGGAUAUACUAUACAAUGCGAAUGAUGCUACAGGAAACACGUGGAACUGGCUGUACUUCAUCCCCCUCAUCAUCAUCGGGUCCUUCUUCAUGCUCAAUUUGGUGCUAGGUGUCCUGUCAGGGGAAUUUGCCAAAGAAAGAGAGCGAGUUGAGAAGAGGCAGGAAUUCUUGAAGCUUCGCCGACAGCAGCAGAUUGAGAGAGAGUUAACAGGUUACCUGGAGUGGAUAUGCAAAGCAGAGGAGGUGAUGCUGGCUGAGGAAGACAAAAGUGCAGAAGAAAAGUCCCUGGAUGGAGCAUGGUACAAAAGAAAACACAACAACUCUGUGUUGAAAAGGACGAAGAAGAGUAAACACGACCUGAUGAAUGCAGAAGAAGGUGAAGACCACUUCACUGACUUGACAUGUGUUGACCUGUCCUGGGACUUGGAAGCUGCAGCCAGGCGGUUAAAAUUCUGCCUUCACCUCUCCUACUGCAGGAGGAGAGACGAAGAUAUCAGCUCCAGAGGAACUACACAGCACCCAGGUCCAGUCCCUCCUACUCACCAGUCUGCUCUGGGUGGACUUCGGGGGAGGAUGCCGAGUCAGAGGAUGAACUCUGGUUCGCCCCCGUACACCACCCACAUCGCCGCCAGAAGGGAAAGAGAAGACGCAACCGGAACCGGUCCGUUGCUCUUCCGCCCAUAUCACAUGCAUGUCCAGCUCCUCGCACUCGGCCCGGCGAGGCUGAAUUUUUUGGUUCCGCUUCCUCCUGGUCCCAGCCUCCAGCCUGCUCUCCUCAACCAGAACCUGCAAAACCAGGGAGAAUUUCGCAGGGGGCGGGCGGGGGAGCAGUCUUUCCCCCGUUCGUCUGUGGAGUGGAUGAAGGGGGGCCAGCCCGGGGAGCGUGUUGGGCAAUCGCUUCCUGCUCUUAUUGAGGAUGACCAGAUCCCUGAGCUGCCUUCUGUAGAGGACCAGUACGCCUCAUCUGUGCUGGACCACAUCUCCACCACUAUAGACAGUGUCACCACCCAGAAACAGAUCACCAUGUACCCCAACCAGAAGCCUUGGAUGAAUCGGGAUGUACGUCUACUGCUGAAGGCUCGCAACAUCGCCUUCAGGUCAGGGGAUACACAGGCAUACAGUACAGCCAGGGCUGAGCUGAAGAGGGGCAUCAAAAAGGCCAAGCACCACUACAAGGGGAGGAUAGAAGAACACUUCUCAAACUCCAACCCCCGACGUAUGUGGCAAGGACUCCAGAUUAUUACAGAUUACAGGGCCAUCAACCCCUCCCCCGUCUCCUCUGAUGUUUCCUUCCUCAAUGAGCUCAACAAUUUCUAUGCUCGUUUUGAGAGAGGGAACCUAACAACUACAACUAAGGCAGAUGUGUCUCCAGACCACCAACCACUGACUCUUUUCCCCACCGAUGUAGGAGCGGCGCUGAGCAGGAUUAAAGUUCACAAGGCUGCGGGUCCUGAUGGCAUCCCUGGAUGUGUUCUUAGAGCGUGUUCUGGGGAGCUGGCAGGAGUACUGACGGACAUAUUCAACCUGUCCUUGGCCCGUGCUGUGGUACCAACCUGCUUCAAAACCACCUCCAUCGUCCCAAUACCCAAAAACUCAAAACCAUCAAGACUCAACGACUACCGUCCGGUAGCCCUCACCUCCAUCAUCGCAAAGUGUUUUGAGCAGCUGGUCCUAGUACACCUCAAAUCCUGUCUCCCCCCCACCCUGGACCACCACCAAUUCGCAUACCGCCAGAACAGGAGCACAGAGGAUGCAGUCUCCAUAGCGCUGCACUCUGUUCUCUCACACUUGGACAACAAAAACACCUUUGCCCGGAUGCUGUUCAUAGAUUUUAGUUCAGCAUUCAACACAGUCAUCCCCUCAAAACUCAUCACAAAACUCACAGACUUGGGCAUCAGUUCCCUCAUGGGCAACUGGUUACUGGACUUUCUGACCAACCGACCCCAACAUGUCCAGCUGGAUAACCACUGCUCAUCUAUCAUCACUAUUAACACCGGUUUUGCAGAUGACAUCACGGUGAUCGGCCUAAUCAAAGACAACGAUGAGACCGCUUAUAGGGAGGAGGUGGUUCGUCUGGCUGAGUGGUGUGACAACAACAACCUGCUGCUCAACACCGAGAAGACUAAGGAGCUCAUCGUGGACUUCAGGAGGAACGCUGGCCCACAUCCACCCAUCUACAUCAAGGGGACGGUGGUGGAGCGUGUGAACAGCUUCAAGUUCCUGGGUGUCCACAUCUCCGAGGAUCUCACCUGGACGACCGGCUGUUCCAAACUGAUCAAGAAAGCUCACCAGCACCGGAAGGCGUUGCAGAGGGUGGUGAAAGCCGCCCAACACAUCACCGGAUCACCACUUCCUGCCAUAAAGGACAUCUACAGGAAGCGGUGUCUGAAAAAGGCUGGAAAAAUCAUAAAAGACUUCAGCCACCCAGCACACAGACUCUUCACCCUCCUGCCCUCUGGGAGGUGCUACAGGAGCCUCUGGACUAAAACCACCAGCCUGAGGGUUCUGCGUCCGCCAAAGGGUCUUCACCUCAGCCUGAGGGUCCUGCGUCCGCCGAAGGGUCUUCACCUCAGCCUGAGGGUCCUGCGUCCGCUGAAGGGUCUUCACCUCAGCCUGAGGGUCCUGCGUCCGCCGAAGGGUCUUCACCUCAGCCUGAGAGUCCUGUGUCCCCUGUUGUUCCUGCUGAAGAGGAUCCUGGCCAGCCUGCGACCUUCAGCUCACGUCUCCUGUCUCGAGGGGGUCCUGGAGGACGCCCCUCACGUAUCCUGUCUCGUGGGGGUCCUGGAGGACACCCCUCAUGUCUCCUGUGUCGUGGGGGUCCUGGAGGACACCCCUCACGUGUUCUGUCUUGUGGGGCUCUUGGAGGAUGCCCCUCACGUCUUCUGUCUCGUGGGGGUCCUAGAGGACGCCCCUCACGUCUCUUGUCUCGUGGGGGUCCUGGAGGACGCCCCUCAGGUUUCUGGUUCUGGGAGGGUCCUGGAGGGCACCCCUCAUGUCACAAAGACUGCAGCAACAGAUGGCCUCCACUCCGCCCACCUGAACUUUGGCCUCAUGUUGGACGGCCUCCCGGCCACCCACCUGAACUUUGGCCUCGUAUUGGACGGCCUCCUGGCCGCCCCCCUGACCUGCUCUGGCCCGUCGGACGGCCUCCUGGCCGCCCACCUGACCUGCUCUUGCUUGUCGGACGGCCUCCCGGCCACCGACCUGACCUGCUCUGAUCUGGCCGAAUUUGUAUUCCUGGGUUUGUUCCUGGUUGAAAUGUCCAUGAAAAUGUAUGGUCUCGGACCCCAGAACUACUUUCACUCUUCAUUCAACUGUUUUGACUUUGGGGUGAUUAUUGGCAGUAUUUUUGAGGUUAUCUGGGCUGCAAUGAAACCUGGAGCCUCGUUUGGGAUUAGUGUCCUCCGAGCACUAAGACUCCUCCGGAUCUUCAAAGUUACCAAGUACUGGAACUCUUUGAGGAACCUGGUGGUGUCAUUACUCAACUCAAUGAAAUCCAUAAUCAGCUUGCUGUUCCUGCUCUUCCUCUUCAUUGUUGUCUUUGCUCUGCUGGGCAUGCAAUUGUUCGGUGGACAGUUUAAUUUUGAAGAUGAAACUCCAACAACCAACUUUGAUACAUUCCCAGCAGCCAUCCUCACCGUGUUCCAGAUCUUGACAGGAGAAGACUGGAAUGCUGUCAUGUACGACGGGAUCAAAUCCCAAGGGGGUGUGCACGGGGGAAUGUUCUCCUCCAUUUAUUUUAUCGUCCUCACUCUCUUUGGUAACUACACACUCCUAAAUGUGUUCUUGGCCAUAGCUGUCGAUAAUCUUGCAAACGCCCAGGAGCUGACUAAGGAUGAGGAGGAGCAGGAGGAAGCCAUCAAUAAGAAGCUUGCUCUCCAGAAGGCCAAGGAGAUAAAGGAGGUCAGCCCCAUGUCUGCUGCUAACAUUUCCCUCACAGCGAGUUAUAUCUGCAGUCCAGUCCAUCACUACCAGAGUAAAGAGCAGCAGAGGCCCAUGAAAACUAUGUCAAUGUGGGAGCAGAAAGCCAGCCAGCUGAGGAGGCAAAACCAAGCAAGCUGUGAGGCUCUUUAUGAGCCAGACCAAUCUGCCUUCCUGCCCUCAGCCCUCCAUAUCCACCCUGAGAUGAAGACCCACCUCGAUCGGCCUCUGGUUAUUGCGCAUUGUGAUCUACUGGGCAGCCAUCAGCAUCACUGUCACAAGCCCUGUACAUCAGAGGAGGCUGAGACGGCUGCUGACCCACCUCUCUCUUCUCAUCAUCCUCACAGUCACUAUCAUCACCGAGACAAAGACUGGACUGAAGUAAACAAUGAGACAAACAACAACUUUCAUGGUAGUAAAGACAUGAGGCACCAUGUUCAUCACAACCGCUCCAAAGACCACGACUCCAAUCGAGACAAAGAGGAAAAAAGUGUGAUGUCCCACAGCAAAGAAGGGGGCAGGAGACAUCAUUGUCAUCGGCACCAUCAUCAGAGUUCAGUAAAUGACAGUGCAGGUGUGGGGGCCACAAGUGAGAAGGAACACCGCCGUAAUCACUCCCAUCGACAUUCCAGGGGGGGCAAUGGAACAGUGAGUAGUGGAGGAAUAGGAGAGCAAAGAUCCUGUCCCAAAGAUGGAUCUAACAGUGACAGAAGUACCAGAGGAGACAGCAGGGCCAAUGGACAGAGGAGGAGGCAUCGCACUCAUGGCUCCAGGUGCCAGUCUAAAGAUGAAGGAGAGGAAUCCGAUGAUAGAGAGAAAAUACAUACGAACAGGUUUGGUGAUUCUGAGGAAGACUUCUCCCAGAAGCAGGGCUCUGGGGGUACGCCUGGCCAACCAGAGGACUCAGACAACCAGAGAAAUGUCAGACGAACAGACCAAACCUCCAUCCACAUUUCUCCUGUCACUGUCACCUCCCCACCAGGAGGAAGUACCCACCGACCAAUGAACAAUACAGACUGUGAAGUGGUGCCCAUGAAUGAGAAGAACUUGGAGGGUCUAUGUGAGUCUGGACCCAGACCCAUUCUGCCUCACAGUUCUAUGUUCUUUUUCGGACAGACCAACCUGGUGAGGCGGCUGUGUCACUACAUCGUGACCCUGCGGUACUUUGAGAUGUCCAUCUUGGUCGUCAUCACAAUGAGCAGCAUUGCUCUGGCAGCAGAGGACCCCGUUUGGACACAUGCUCCUCGCAACAACGUCCUCAAAUAUCUGGACUAUGUCUUCACUGGUGUUUUCACAUUUGAAAUGGUGAUCAAAAUGGUCGACCUGGGCCUGCUGCUUCAUCCUGGAUCCUACUUCAGAGAUUUGUGGAACAUUCUGGACUUUAUAGUGGUCAGUGGGGCUCUGGUGGCAUUUGCAUUUACGAGCUUCAUGGGUAGAUCGCAGCAAGGCAUGACCAGGGGGACUAAAGGCAAAGAUAUCAGCACAAUCAAGUCCCUGAGGGUCCUACGAGUUCUCAGGCCUCUGAAGACCAUCAAACGUCUGCCAAAACUAAAGGCGGUGUUUGACUGUGUGGUCAACUCUUUGAAGAACGUGCUGAACAUCCUCAUCGUUUACAUCCUCUUCAUGUUCAUUUUUGCUGUUAUUGCAGUUCAGCUGUUCAAGGGGAAAUUCUUUUAUUGCACCGAUGAGUCCAAAACCUUGGAAAAGGACUGCAAAGGACAAUUCCUAGACUACGACAAAGAUGAGGUGGCAGCAAUGCCCAGAGAGUGGAAAAAAUACGAGUUCCAUUAUGACAAUGUGCUGUGGGCGUUCCUGACUCUUUUCACUGUCUCCACAGGGGAGGGCUGGCCAACUGUUUUGAAGCACUCUGUGGAUGCCACUUUUGAAGACCAGGGCCCCAGUCCAGGCUACCGGAUAGAAAUGUCCAUCUUCUAUGUGGUCUACUUUGUGGUCUUCCCUUUCUUCUUCGUCAACAUCUUUGUUGCAUUGAUCAUUAUCACCUUCCAGGAGCAAGGAGACAAGGCUCUGUCUGAGUGCAGCUUGGAAAAGAAUGAGAGGGCUUGUAUUGACUUUGCCAUAAAUGCCAAACCUUUGACACGCUACAUGCCCAAGGACACACAGUCCUUCCAGUAUCGAAUGUGGAAAUUUGUGGUCUCAGCUCCAUUUGAGUACUCCAUCAUGAUUAUGAUCGCUCUCAAUACUGUUGUCCUCAUGAUGAAGUUUCAUGGAGCUCCGGACUACUAUGAUGCAAUGCUCAAGUACCUCAAUGUGGUGUUUACCUUUCUCUUCUCUUUCGAGUGCAUCCUGAAGAUCAUUGCUUUUGAUCCACUGAACUACCUGAAAGAUGCCUGGAACGUGUUUGACUUUGUGACUGUGUUGGGCAGUAUCACUGACAUCCUGGUAACAGAAAUCAAUACAACAGACAGGCUGCUAAAUUUGAGCUUCCUGAGGCUUUUUCGAGCCGCUCGCCUCAUCAAGCUGCUGAGACAGGGCUACACCAUUCGCAUCCUCUUGUGGACCUUCGUCCAGUCCUUUAAGGCUCUGCCAUAUGUUUGUCUACUGAUUGCCAUGCUGUUCUUUAUAUAUGCCAUCAUUGGGAUGCAGGUGUUUGGUAACAUUGAGCUGAUUGAAGACACGGCUAUCAACCACCACAACAACUUCCGUACCUUCCUCCAGGCUCUCAUGCUGCUGUUCAGAAGUGCAACCGGAGAGGCCUGGCAUGAGAUCAUGCUGUCAUGUCUGAGCCACCGAGCCUGCGAUGAGCGCUCAGGGACCCACGGGAAGGAGUGCGGCAGUGACUUUGCCUACUUCUACUUUGUCUCCUUCAUAUUCCUGUGCUCUUUCCUGAUGCUGAACCUGUUUGUGGCUGUCAUAAUGGAUAACUUUGAGUACCUUACCAGAGACUCCUCCAUCCUGGGACCUCAUCACCUCGAUGAGUUUAUCCGGGUUUGGGCCGAGUACGACCCUGCUGCUUGUGGCCGUAUCAAGUACCUCGAUAUGUAUCAGAUGCUGCUCCAUAUGUCCCCACCCUUAGGUUUGGGAAAGAAAUGUCCACCAAGAGUCGCCUACAAGCGCCUUGUCAAAAUGAACAUGCCCAUUGCUGACGACAGCACCGUUCACUUCACCUCCACCCUGAUGGCCCUGAUUCGUACAGCGCUGGAAAUAAAACUGGCCUCAGGAAUAGUGGCCCAGCGAUUAUUGGACGCUCAGUUAAAGAAGGAAUUGUCUACAGUGUGGCCAAGUCUUUCUCAAAAAACACUCGAUCUGUUGGUGACGCCACACAAACCCAACGAGCUGACUGUUGGAAAGGUUUACGCAGCUCUGAUGAUCUUUGACUACUACAAACAAAAUCGAGCCAGAAGGUUGCAGCAGCAGAACACAUCAGGCCCUCAGUGCAAGGUCGGGGCUUUGUUUAAGCCAUUGCUGCCUCUGACCCACAUGCAGGGCUCACCCAGCCUCCUUCAGCACCAGCCAAAGUCCAGAUCACCUCAGCCCAUGGCCAGAUCCAAUUCCGUCAACAAUGGGGGCAUGCUGCCAGGGUAUGAUCUCAGACCCAAGCCUGCAUCUUCCUGGGAGACGGAGAAGCCCAAAGAAGUGCCCGGUGAUCAGACAAAGAGAUCGAUGUCCAAGGGUCCAUCAGAGGAAAGGACAGACACCAGCCUUAAUAAGGUGUCUGUAAAGAUGAAGAAUAUGGAGUCCAGUGGGAACAGUACUACACCUGUUCCAGGUUCCGGUUUGGAGAGCCAGGGCAAAGCUGUUUCCAUGCCUCGUCUCAACGCUGAGCUCCAGUCUGCCACUGAUACCAGCCUCAUGACACGCUCAGUCUCCACUGUGGCUCCACAGCAUCCCCAGGAGGUCAACCUGAGAGACUACACUCUGGAGAAACCCCGCCAGGAGCGAAGACAUCAUCGCCACCACCACCGCUGCCACCACUGCAAAGAUCAAGACAGAGAAAAAAAACGGGACAGAGAGAAGAGGCAGAGGUCUUUGGAUACCCCUCCAUGUGGUCAGCCCUCCAGUUUGUCUGGUGCAGCAGGUGAGCUAGGAUCUGAACCAGCUGCUUCCAGAGAGCAAGCCCACAAACGAGGACGCUCCCAUGAGAGGAAACACCAUCACUUCUCUGCAGACAAGCAGCGUUACUACUCCUGUGAUCGCUACAGCAGUCGGGACCACUGCUCCACAAAAUCUGCCACCACCAGCUGUGCUGCCUCACCCAGCGUGGAGCAGGAACCCAGAAAAAAGCAGGGUAGUGGUUGGGUUAAAGGCAGCCCAACGGCCCUAAUCUCCACUUCUAGCACACCAAGCUGUGGACGUCGGCAGCUCCCACAGACCCCACUCACCCCACGGCCCGGGAUGGCAUACAGGACUGCAUAUUCCUCCCCAGUGCAUCUUGUGUCCAGCCAGGCCUCUCUGAGUCCCGGCAGACUGAGUCGUGGCCUGUCAGACCAUAACGCCCUUCGUCACUGUGGUUCCCAUCAUUUCCCUUGCCCUGUCACUCGGAUCAGCUCAGAACCCUUUCUGGGCCAGGGCUACGGUGAGACCUUGAGCAACCCUUAUGGCAGCUUCCAGGACCGGUUGGAUGUCUUCCAGGAUGUGGCGUCACUGUCCCCAAGUUCCAGUGCUGAAUGCUCAUCGCGGACCACACUGCCACGCAUGAUGGGAGCCCUACUUCCAACUCUUGGUGUAGACCCUGGUGUACUCAACGGGUACAACCUAAGCAUUGGGGGAAGCACCAGCCCAGGCUCUGGCAAUAGAGCACUGAGGUAA